UGUACCAUGUAGAACAGGAAUACUUGGUUGGCCGAGCUGCCGCCCAUCGCGACCAUCGUCGACUAUAUAUUUACCAUGAGCCAUAAGUAAUUCAUUCAUCGUUCCACAUGAUACAUUCUACAAUUACCUUCACUAUGAUCGCAUCGAUGCCUCGGGUCCUCUUCCUCGUUGCUUUGACCGUCGCCAUGGCAACCGCCACGUCUGGCGCGCGGAGCCGGCAGAUCCACCUGCGCUUCUACAUGCACGACAUCACCGGCGGCCCGGGCCAGACGGCGGUGCAGCUCGUGAAGGGGCCCGGCCCCGCGCACCCGUUCAUGCCGGGCGCCCACUUCGGCGACACGACGGUGAUCGACGACGCGCUGACGGAAGGCCCCAGCGCGGCAUCGCGGGCCGUCGGUCGCGCGCAGGGGUCGUACAUGCUGGCGGGCCUCAAGGAGCCCGUGCUGAUGGUGUCCAUGACAGUGGCGCUCACGGGCGGCGUGUAUAACGGCAGCACCAUCGCCGUGGUGGGCCGGGACGACAUCUCCGCGGCGGUCAGGGAGCUCGCGGUCGCCGGCGGCACGGGCGCGUUCCGGAAGGCGACGGGGCACGUCCUCUGGCGGACGGCCAGGAUGGUGUCGCGCGACCACAUGGUGCUGGAGCUGGACGUCUACGCGACCAUGCCGGCCGCUGUUGCUGCUCCGAACGGGCAGCGUCAGUCCGGCGUUUUGAAUAUUUAGUGAAGCUCCAAAGCUGGGUUCGAAUAAGUGCAAUGUUUGAGUCUUCUGUGUCUUCGUGAUUCCCACGCAUAUUGUUUUUUUAAGGAAAUUUUCGAUCUAUUCAUCUUCAA